CCGCACUCGCCGCGCUCAGCCCGGCUUCCUGUCCACAACCGGAUGCGUGCGGGCUGGCCCCCCUGCCUCUGAGUUCACCCCAUGGUUACUCCUGUAGGCUAUGGCUGUCGCCGCUUCCUGCAGCGUCAGGCUCCACCUCGCCUCAAAAUCGAUCUGAAUGCUCCUCUGUGCAAUGCGGUAGGAUGGAAACCACCCCCUCACUGCUGUUCAGAUUUGCACUUCCUGUUCUUCAAGGACAUGUACUAAGAGCUUAAUGAAAAUGGACACACUUCCUGCCUUCCUAGAGCAAACAGACUAACAGGAAGAAUACAUGGAAAUUGUUGUACAGCUGUCCUAUUUGUAUCAGAUUUCCUCCAGUUUACCCUGAGUUACACAAGAAGAUGAAAUACAUUGCCAAGAAAUGUGGAGUUAGGUUCCAGCCUCCAGCUAUGAUCUUGAUUUAUGAGAAUGAAACUGAAGGAAAGAGCCGCCAGCGCAUCAUGCCUGUCCGAAAUUUUUCAAAGUUCUCAGAUUGCACCAGAGCUGCUGAACAAUUAAAGAAUAACCCCCGGCACAGGAGUUACCUGGAACAGGUGUCCCUGAAGCAGCUAGAAAAGCUGUUUGUGUUUUUACGAGGUUCCUUGCAGGGGCAGAGCUUGACAGAAACAAUGGAACAGAUUCGACGGGAAACAACCAUCGAUCCCGAGGAAGACCUGAACAAACUGGAUGACAAGGAGCUCGCCAAAAAGAAGAGCAUCAUGGAUGAGCUUUUUGAGAAAAAUCAGAAGAGGAAAGAUGACCCCAGUUUUGUGUAUGACGUUGAGGUUGAGUUCCCUCAGGAGGAACAGCUGCUGUCCUGCAGCUGGGACACAGCAUCAGUUGAUGAGUUCUGAGACCUACUACUCUGUGUUUCCACAAAGAACAAAGAUCAGUUCUAGAAAAUGCUGAAAUGCUAACGAUAUAUAAAACCAAGACACUUACAUGUGCUACAUAGGCCUAUGAGAGACACAGAAAUGCAGGCUAGGAAUCUGUCUUCAAGGAGUUGGCAAUCUAAAGGGAAGGGAACUCGAGAACUUGUAAAAAGGUAUUUAAUAUUACCCAGGAAAACAAUAAGAGUCAGAUAUUUGACGAAGGCUGUAGAAGGGUCAAAACCCGGGUUCCUGCGGGUGCACUGGGAAGACUUUCCCUUAGUGGAAAGGGGCCCAUGCUUGGCCCUGAAAUGCUGCAGAUGCUUUUAUAGAAAUCAAGAUGAAGCAAAGGGGGAAGGAAAAUAAAGAGACAAGAAAUAGGAAAGUCCGAGAAAGGGUGAGUAAUUAUAGUCUGACAAGAUUGGGAUUAACCUGUGUUCAUCAGGACUCUGUGACUAACUCUGGGGUAGGCAGGAACACUGGUAAAUGCAAAAUGUCUCACAGAUACAAGUACAUGUGGCAGAAGGCAGGCAAUUGUCCUCAAUCAGGAAAUAUGUUCUAACGUUACUCUGAAACCCAGAACCACUUCCUGCGAAAGGCUGGUUUGUACAGUGGGAAGUCCGCCCACAGUGAGUGAUAGGUACUGCUGUUAGACCUGUUCAUGAGCUUAGAUGUAAAGCUCUCGGCCUCACAAGGCCACUGUGUGCAGAUGUGUUUGUUCUUAAUAGAAUAUUAUCUGAUUGGUAAAAAUCGUAUGUUUUCUACAAGGAAACUAUUACUCAUUGAAUAAAGCUGUGAAAGUAA